AUCGCCUCAAGCUCCGAAGUCCUUGUCCUUUGCACACCGUCAUGGCAACCUACCCGGAUGUGGGAGAUGUGAUGACGGAGACCCUGAAAGGCACCGCCAAUGAGACGGGCUUCGAGAUGGCGAUGGCCAGUCCAUUGCUGGAGCACUUCGCAGCGGCCUAUGAUGGACAGCAUCCACUGCUGGACAUGGGCUGCGCCUAUGGCCGCAACGUCUGCAGCGCCCUGAAGCUGCUUCCGUAUGAUGAGGAUGCCAAGGUUAAGGUGAUCGCCUGCGAUUGCGCCCAAGAGCACCUGGAUGCUGUGGAUGCCCUGCAGAUUCCGGAGAUCCGCACGGUCUUUGGCAUGUUGCCCAGCGACCUGAAGGAAGUGCAAGGUAUUGCUGCAGAGGUAGGUGGCUUCAGUGGUAUUUUGGUCUCGGAAGUUCUGCACUUCCUGACAGGUGAUGCGAUUGAGGAGUCCAUCAAGAACUUCAAGGACCUCUUGGCUCCCGGUGGUCGUUUGUGCAUCACCAUGUUCUCGCCCUAUGCCAACAUCAGCGGCCGCAACUGCCCGGUGGGGGCGCAUUGGCGGAGGAUCUUCGAUGAACGACAACAGAGUGGCUACAAAUGGCCGGGAGAGGACAUCAACUUGAAGGCACUGGUUCACGAGCUACAGGCCUCUUUGUCAUCAGAUGAAAGGGCCAUGUCAUGCUUCCCCUCCUACUUCCAUGUGGUCACUGCCCAGCAGCUGAAAAACGCCUUGGAAGCUGCGGGUUUCCAGGUUCUCCUGGCCAGGGAAGAUCGGCAUCCAGGCCAUGCGCCUCAUUUCCACAAUGACGGUCGAGAGUCCACACAACUGGUGGCGGUGAAGCAGAUGCCGCGGUUGCCGGAAGCGGGGGCGUAGGAUGAAGAUGUUUUGGCGAAAAAUGGUGAUUUUUCAUGGGAUACCCGGCCUGGUAAACAUAC